AGCUUAUCCACGCUCUCCGAUCUCAUGUCUGUUUCUCUUUCUCUCUCCCUCUCUUGCGCUGUCCCUCAUUCAUGCACUCUUCCAUCUUUUUGCCAUUGUGCCAGCUCAAUUUAAAUGUAUCUGCUCUGUAUCUGUUCAAGUGGAGAUAAUCCAUGCAAAUCAGGAGCCGUGGCUCUCAAUGCCUGGUUCACAGAGAGGACUCAGCUUGAGGAGGUCACUCGUUCACAGCCGCUCCUCCCAUUACAUUUUUCCCCUUAUUGCAGAACUGCUGUAUGUAUACAGUGACUGAAAGGACUCAAUUUACUGCAACUGCUGCCUGGCUUUACUUACAACUUUUUUUUUUUUUGUAAAGGAACUUACCUCCAUCUGUCUUUUCAAGGUUACAGACCACAUACUCUAAACUUCACAAAUGGUUCUGAAGAGUAUGGAGCCUACGUAGACUCAUAAGAGCCCAAUGUUUCCAAAGGACAUUAAUUUUGAUUUCUCCAAUGAAGGCUUGUGGCUGUCCUUAUGCUUUACAAAACAUUACCAAAUCAGAGCCGAAAAGAAAACCGGUAUUUAUGGCACAAUGAAAAAUUUCAUCUUUCCCAGAAUGAUAUGAAGAUCAAUGAUGCAGACUGAUGGUUUUGAUGAAGCUGGGCAUUUUUAACUAGAUUCAUUAAGGAAUACAAAGAAAAUAUUUAAAGGGAUCAAUAAUGGUGUCUUCUGGUUGCAGAAUGCGAAGUCUGUGGUUUAUCAUUGUAAUCAGCUUCUUACCGAAUUCAGAAGGUUUCAGCAGAGCAGCUUUACCAUUUGGGCUGGUGAGGCGAGAAUUAUCCUGUGAAGGUUAUUCUAUAGAUCUGCGAUGCCCGGGCAGUGAUGUCAUCAUGAUUGAGAGCGCUAACUAUGGUCGGACGGAUGACAAGAUUUGUGAUGCUGACCCAUUUCAGAUGGAGAAUACAGACUGCUACCUCCCCGAUGCCUUCAAAAUUAUGACUCAAAGGUGCAACAAUCGAACACAGUGUAUAGUAGUUACUGGGUCAGAUGUGUUUCCUGAUCCAUGUCCUGGAACAUACAAAUACCUUGAAGUCCAAUAUGAAUGUGUCCCUUACAUGGAGCAAAAAGUUUUUGUGUGUCCUGGGACCUUGAAAGCAAUUGUGGACUCACCAUGUAUAUAUGAAGCUGAACAAAAGGCGGGUGCUUGGUGCAAGGACCCUCUUCAGGCUGCAGAUAAAAUUUAUUUCAUGCCCUGGACUCCAUAUCGUACCGAUACUUUAAUAGAAUAUGCUUCUUUAGAAGAUUUCCAAAAUAGUCGCCAAACAACAACAUAUAAACUUCCAAAUCGAGUAGAUGGUACUGGAUUUGUGGUAUAUGAUGGUGCUGUCUUCUUUAACAAAGAAAGAACGAGGAAUAUUGUGAAAUUUGACUUGAGGACUAGAAUUAAGAGUGGUGAGGCCAUAAUUAACUAUGCCAACUACCAUGAUACCUCACCAUACAGAUGGGGAGGAAAGACUGAUAUCGACCUAGCAGUUGAUGAAAAUGGCUUAUGGGUCAUUUAUGCCACUGAACAGAACAAUGGAAUGAUAGUUAUUAGCCAGCUGAACCCAUACACUCUUCGAUUUGAAGCAACGUGGGAGACUGUAUACGACAAACGUGCCGCAUCAAAUGCUUUUAUGAUAUGCGGAGUCCUCUAUGUGGUUAGGUCAGUUUAUCAAGACAAUGAAAGUGAAACAGGCAAGAACUCAAUUGAUUACAUUUAUAAUACCCGAUUAAACCGAGGAGAAUAUGUAGAUGUUCCCUUCCCCAACCAGUAUCAGUAUAUUGCUGCAGUGGAUUACAAUCCAAGAGAUAACCAACUGUACGUGUGGAACAAUAACUUCAUUUUACGAUAUUCUCUGGAGUUUGGUCCACCUGAUCCUGCCCAAGUGCCUACCACAGCUGUGACAAUAACUUCUUCAGCUGAGCUGUUCAAAACCACAGUAUCAACCACAAGCACUACUUCACAGAAAGGCCCCAUGAGCACAACUGUAGCUGGAUCACAGGAAGGAAGCAAAGGGACAAAACCACCUCCAGCAGUUUCUACAACCAAAAUUCCACCUGUAACAAAUAUUUUUCCCCUGCCAGAGAGAUUCUGUGAAGCAUUAGACUCCAAGGGGAUAAAGUGGCCUCAGACACAAAGGGGAAUGAUGGUUGAACGACCAUGCCCCAAGGGAACAAGAGGAACUGCCUCAUAUCUCUGCAUGAUUUCCACUGGAACAUGGAACCCUAAGGGCCCCGAUCUUAGCAACUGUACCUCACACUGGGUGAAUCAGCUGGCUCAGAAGAUCAGAAGUGGAGAAAAUGCUGCUAGUCUUGCCAAUGAACUGGCUAAACAUACCAAAGGGCCAGUGUUUGCUGGGGAUGUAAGUUCUUCAGUGAGGUUGAUGGAGCAGUUGGUGGACAUCCUUGAUGCACAGCUGCAGGAACUGAAACCUAGUGAAAAAGAUUCAGCUGGACGGAGUUAUAACAAGCUCCAAAAACGAGAGAAGACAUGCAGGGCUUACCUUAAGGCAAUUGUUGACACAGUGGACAACCUUCUGAGACCUGAAGCUUUGGAAUCAUGGAAACAUAUGAAUUCUUCUGAACAAGCACAUACUGCAACAAUGUUACUCGAUACAUUGGAAGAAGGAGCUUUUGUCCUAGCUGACAAUCUUUUAGAACCAACAAGGGUCUCAAUGCCCACAGAAAAUAUUGUCCUGGAAGUUGCCGUACUGAGUACAGAAGGACAAAUCCAGGACUUUAAAUUUCCUCUGGGCAUCAAAGGAGCAGGCAGCUCAAUCCAGCUCUCUGCAAAUACCGUCAAACAGAACAGCAGGAACGGGCUUGCAAAGUUGGUGUUCAUCAUUUACCGGAGCCUGGGACAGUUCCUUAGUACAGAAAAUGCAACCAUUAAACUGGGUGCUGACUUUAUUGGUCGUAAUAGCACCAUUGCAGUGAAUUCUCACGUCAUUUCAGUUUCAAUCAAUAAAGAGUCCAGCCGAGUAUACCUGACUGAUCCUGUGCUUUUUACCCUGCCACACAUUGAUCCUGACAAUUAUUUCAAUGCAAACUGCUCCUUCUGGAACUACUCAGAGAGAACUAUGAUGGGAUAUUGGUCUACCCAGGGCUGCAAGCUGGUUGACACUAAUAAAACUCGAACAACGUGUGCAUGCAGCCACCUAACCAAUUUUGCAAUCCUCAUGGCCCACAGGGAAAUUGCAUAUAAAGAUGGCGUUCAUGAAUUACUUCUUACAGUCAUCACCUGGGUGGGAAUUGUCAUUUCCCUUGUUUGCCUGGCUAUCUGCAUCUUCACCUUCUGCUUUUUCCGUGGCCUACAGAGCGACCGAAAUACUAUUCACAAGAACCUUUGUAUCAAUCUUUUCAUUGCUGAAUUUAUUUUCCUAAUAGGCAUUGAUAAGACAAAAUAUGCGAUUGCAUGCCCAAUAUUUGCAGGACUUCUACACUUUUUCUUUUUGGCGGCUUUUGCUUGGAUGUGCCUAGAAGGUGUGCAGCUCUAUCUAAUGUUAGUUGAAGUUUUUGAAAGUGAAUAUUCAAGGAAAAAAUAUUACUAUGUUGCUGGUUACUUGUUUCCUGCCACAGUUGUUGGAGUUUCAGCUGCUAUUGACUAUAAGAGCUAUGGAACAGAAAAAGCUUGCUGGCUUCAUGUUGAUAACUACUUUAUAUGGAGCUUCAUUGGACCUGUUACCUUCAUUAUUCUGCUAAAUAUUAUCUUCUUGGUGAUCACAUUGUGCAAAAUGGUGAAGCAUUCAAACACUUUGAAACCAGAUUCUAGCAGGUUGGAAAACAUUAAGUCUUGGGUGCUUGGCGCUUUCGCUCUUCUGUGUCUUCUUGGCCUCACCUGGUCAUUUGGGUUGCUUUUUAUUAAUGAGGAGACUAUUGUGAUGGCAUAUCUCUUCACCAUAUUUAAUGCUUUCCAGGGAGUGUUCAUUUUCAUCUUUCACUGUGCUCUCCAAAAGAAAGUACGAAAAGAAUAUGGCAAGUGCUUCAGACAUUCAUACUGCUGUGGAGGCCUCCCAACUGAGAGUCCCCACAGUUCAGUGAAGGCAUCAACCACCAGAACCAGUGCUCGCUAUUCCUCUGGCACACAGAGUCGUAUAAGAAGAAUGUGGAAUGAUACUGUGAGAAAACAAUCUGAAUCUUCUUUUAUCUCAGGUGACAUCAAUAGCACUUCAACACUUAAUCAAGGAAUGACUGGCAAUUACCUACUAACAAACCCUCUUCUUCGACCCCACGGCACUAACAACCCCUAUAACACAUUGCUCGCUGAAACAGUUGUAUGUAAUGCCCCUUCAGCUCCUGUAUUUAACUCACCAGGACAUUCACUGAACAAUGCCAGGGAUACAAGUGCCAUGGAUACCCUACCGCUAAAUGGUAAUUUUAACAACAGCUACUCGCUGCGCAAGGGUGACUAUAAUGACAGCGUGCAAGUUGUGGACUGUGGACUAAGUCUGAAUGAUACUGCUUUUGAGAAAAUGAUCAUUUCAGAAUUAGUGCACAACAACUUACGGGGCAGCAGCAAGACUCACAACCUCGAGCUCACGCUACCAGUCAAACCUGUGAUUGGAGGUAGCAGCAGUGAAGAUGAUGCUAUUGUGGCAGAUGCUUCAUCUUUAAUGCACAGCGACAACCCAGGGCUGGAGCUCCAUCACAAAGAACUCAAGGCACCGCUUAUUCCUCAGCGGACUCACUCCCUUCUGUACCAACCCCAGAAGAAAGUGAAGUCUGAGGGAACUGACAGCUAUGUCUCCCAGCUGACAGCAGAGGCUGAAGAUCACCUACAGUCCCCCAACAGAGACUCUCUUUAUACAAGCAUGCCCAAUCUUAGAGACUCUCCCUAUCCGGAGAGCAGCCCUGACAUGGAAGAAGACCUCUCUCCCUCCAGGAGGAGUGAGAAUGAGGACAUUUACUAUAAAAGCAUGCCAAAUCUUGGAGCUGGCCAUCAGCUUCAGAUGUGCUACCAGAUCAGCAGGGGCAAUAGUGAUGGUUAUAUAAUCCCCAUUAACAAAGAAGGAUGUAUUCCAGAAGGAGAUGUUAGAGAAGGACAAAUGCAGCUGGUUACAAGUCUUUAAUCAUACAGCUAAGGAAUUCCAAGGGCCACAUGAAAGUAUUAAUGAAUAAAGACACCAUUGGCCUAACGCAGCUCCCUCAAACUCUGCUUGAAGAGAUGACUCUUGACCUGUGGUUCUCCAGUGUAAAAAAGAUGACUGAACCUUGCAGUUCUGUGAAUUUUUAUAAAACAUACAAAAACUUUGUAUAUACACAGAGUAUACUAAAGUGAAUUAUUUGUUACAAAGAAAAGAGAUGCCAACCAGGUAUUUUAAGAUUCUGCUGCUGUUUAGAGAAAUUGUGAAACAAGCAAAACAAAACUUUCCAGCCAUUUUACUGCAGCAGUCUGUGAACUAAAUUUGUAAAUAUGGCUGCACCAUUUUUGUAGGCCUGCAUUGUAUUAUAUACAAGACGUAGGCUUUAAAAUCCUGUGGGACAAAUUUACUGUACCUUACUAUUCCUGACAAGACUUGGAAAAGCAGGAGAGAUAUUCUGCAUCAGUUUGCAGUUCACUGCAAAUCUUUUACAUUAAGGCAAAGAUUGAAAACAUGCUUAACCACUAGCAAUCAAGCCACAGGCCUUAUUUCAUAUGUUUCCUCAACUGUACAAUGAACUAUUCUCAUGAAAAAUGGCUAAAGAAAUUAUAUUUUGUUCUAUUGCUAGGGUAAAAUAAAUACAUUUGUGUCCAACUGAAAUAUAAUUGUCAUUAAAAUAAUUUUAAAGAGUGAAGAAAAUAUUGUGAAAAGCUCUUGGUUGCACAUGUUAUGAAAUGUUUUUUCUUACACUUUGUCAUGGUAAGUUCUACCCAUUUUCACUUCUUUUCCACUGUAUACAGUGUUCUGCUUUGACAAGUUAGUCUUUAUUACUUACAUUUAAAUUUCUUAUUGCCAAAAGAACGUGUUUUAUGGGGAGAAACAAACUCUUUGAAGCCAGUUAUGCCAUGCCUUGCACAAAAGUGGUGAAAUCUAGAAAAGAUUGUGUGUCACCCCUGUUUAUUCUUGAACAGAGGGCAAAGAGGGCACUGGGCACUUCUCACAAACUUUCUAGUGAACAAAAGGUGCCUAUUCUUUUUUAAAAAAAUAAAAUAAAACAUAAAUAUUACUCUUCCAUAUUCCUUCUGCCUAUAUUUAGUAAUUAAUUUAUUUUAUGAUAAAGUUCUAAUGAAAUGUAAAUUGUUUCAGCAAAAUUCUGCUUUUUUUCAUCCCUUUGUGUAAACCUGUUAAUAAUGAGCCCAUCACUAAUAUCCAGUGUAAAGUUUAACACGGUUUGACAGUAAAUAAAUGUGAAUUUUUUCAAGUA